AUGUUUGAUGUUGCGUACCGAACAGCAUUACAAUUACGACAAGCCAGUUUGCUACUCUUCGCCCAGUUGCCUUGUUUCUUCUCAUUUAUUGGCUCUUCUGACGUUUAUCAGUUCAAGAAUCAAAAACGUCACUUUUCCCGAUCUGCUCAGUCUCUCAAUUACGUUCGCUUUGUAGAGUUCUCAGAAGAAGAAGCAUUUACAUCAAUGCUCAGAGUAUGUAUAUUUUUCUGGGCUACUGUUAUUUGCGGGCUCACAGUGGUGAAUUCCCUUGACUGCAGCACUGCUCCUACCGAAGCUCUGCGCAUUGUUUGUCAACAGAUAGCACGAUGGGACGAAAGUUCAAGGAAAACACCACCUCCUACAUCUGUCAAACCUCCAGCUAUAGCCGGAAAGGCUCAGCUUGCUGCAGAAUUUGCUCCUAUAGCAAGCAACAUGUACCAAUGCAUGGACAUGGCUUGCUUAUGCGUAUUCUUCAGAGGUAUUUUUUUCCCGAUCUACUUCUUUAUUAUCAAAAUCUCAUUGUAA